AUGAAUGUCGCCGACACACCCGCCUGUGGCGAGUGGGGCCUAUACACUCACAACACGGUGCAAAUCACGGCCAAGCACAUUGACAUGACGCACAACUCGACCGUGCUCUACGAAGACAUUGACAACACGCUCGAUGGAGGCGUUGAUGCGACGGCCGACCAGGCGGCAGCAGCGCUCUUCGGCUGCGGCACGGAUGGCGGAUCCCGGGGCGUCGUCGUAAACACGACGACGCCCGACGUACAACUCGACGGCGUAUACUAA